AUGUCCAGUCUGCACACACAUCAAAGAUAUCACACAGGGGAGAAGCCGUUUUCCUGUCCUGAGUGUGGGAAAUGUUUUUCACAGAAGUCCAAUCUUUACACACAUCAGAGAUCUCACACAGAGGAAAAGCCGUAUUCCUUUUCUGAGUGCGGGAAAUGUUUUUCAGACAAGUCUAAACUUUACAAGCAUCAGAGAUCUCACACGGGGGAGAAGGUACUUUCCUUUCCUGAGUGA